UGGUGGAUUCAUGGCGGAGUGGCGACGGGUCCCGCCAAAAACCAAGCUUAUCAUUAUGAUACGAAGGCGACUUUGAGGUGGGAAGCUCCUAUCGCGAUAUGUAGCUUUGUGUGUGUGUGUGUCUUAUUGUGCCCCGUUCAUUCCGGCGGUGGAUGAGAUGUCUCAGCUCCCGUGAAAGCGAUCAGCUCGACAGCAACUCUAUCCGGCCAGACGAGAGCUCUUAUUACUCGCGUCUCGCUGCAGACCCCAUACCUUGGGUAGCUGAAAGAGUAGAGAUCGAGUGGUUGUACAAGGAUGGAUGAGUUCAGCUUCCCCACCAUUGCAGUCGACCAAGACUCCCUCUGCAGCCCCCCCUUCCCCCACUUUGCUGCAUCUCCUCUUUGGUUCCUGCCUUCCAGCGACGCCGAACGCAAGAUCUCCGGCGACGGUCCCAGGAUCUUCUUUUCCGCAGAAGGGGAAGAAGAAGAAGCGUCGAAGGUCGCCGGCGCAGCGGCGUUGGAGGACAGCAUGGACAUGCUGUGGGAGGACUUCAACGAAGAGCUGCGCCGCUCGUUCUGCGAACGGGAUAGGGAUGCAGAGGUCCCGGACUACGGCAUGGCAGAGUUGCGCUGCUUGCAGGCGCUGAGCGAGUCCAAGAGUGGCAGCCUGAUUCAUCGCAGGCGGUCGAGCUUGAUAUUGAUCCUCAAGGUGCUGAAGAAGCUGUUCUUGACCCACAGGGAUAGCUCGUCGAGGAGGACUCCACUCUGCUAAGGCUGCACCUUACACUUGAAUCCAUAACCCGAGUCGACUGUGAUCCCCUCCGACAUGGAGGUGCAGAUAUGUUGCUUGUUACUUCUUCUUCUUCUUCUUCAUGGAUCUGCUCCUUCCAGCAACUAAAUGACUUCAUCGAUGUAAAUUAUUAUACGUGCAUCAGAAACAUCAAGUGUCCUUUGAUUUCCAAACUUGCAA